GCCCUGGGCGCUCGCGCCCACUUCCGCGUCGGCUCGCAGCUGCCAGCUUUUCGGUGUUCCGAGGGGGAGAGCGUGGGCUCCGGCGAGUUCUACGUGCCAGGUCCGCCCGGCCCCGGCUUAAUCGCUUUUCCUGGCGGCUCGUCAGCGUCCCCCUCCCCUAAAGUCGGGCCCGGUGUCGGCUCACCCCGCUCCCUGAUGCGGAGCUCCGACGUCCGGGCCUCGCAGAAGCCGCCCGAGGUGGCUGCGCGGCCUUCUAGAGCCCUGGUCCAGCCCCCUGCCCACCGAAGCGUGAUCCUCUUUUCUGUCCCAAAGAAUUUGGCCCAACAGCCUCCCGCGCCCUCUACUGACGUUUCUGUUUGGGGGUCUCUGAUUCCCUGGGCGGAGAUCCCGGUCGGGUCUCCGGUCAGCAUCAGCCACUGGAACACCGAGUAUUUAUUUUACUGUUAAUCCGCAUCUUGCCAUCUCUGUCCCUUCUCCUCUCCAUCGGCUCCGCUUUAGGGGCAACGUUAUGGUUCCUGUAAGCGCGCUUUUAGGUUUGUUCAGACCGAACACCGUAGGGAUAGGAUUCGUCUUGGAUCCCUCAGUCCAUUUCGUGUGAAUGGUCUCAGGAACGUUCAUGGACUGAGCAGGCAGAUGGAGAAUUGUCCUGAGGACCAGAGCAACUCAUGAGGUUGUUGAGGCCAUCGGCCACAAGGGGGUCUGAUAGAGUCUCCUACCAGUGCUGGAAAUGAGACUGGGAAGGCUAUAGGCCGCUGUGGGUGUUGCAGGACAGGGUCCAUUGCACUCAUGGCUCUUCUCUUAGCUCCUAAGGUUCUUGCUUUUCCAAAUCAAGAAGACAGUGCUCGAAACCAGGGGACAUCAGCCAUGCACCAAACAACUUGGCCUCAGGAGCCGGUGACCUUUGAGGAUGUGGCCGUGUACUUCACCCAGAAUCAGUGGGCCAGCCUGGACCCCAUGCAGAGGGCCCUGUACCGGGAGGUGAUGCUGGAGAAUUAUACGAACAUGGCUUCCCUGGCAUUUCCAUUCCCCAAACCUGUUCUGGUCUCCCACCUGGAGAGAGGGGAAGCGCCAUGGGGCCCAGAUCCCUGGGAAGCAGAGGUUUUGAGAGGCAUCUGUCCAGGUGGUGAGUCCCGGAUCAGGAACGAAGAGCCGGCUGGAAAGCGGGAAGCCUCUGAAGAGGCAGAGUGGCACAGAAUGCCAGGAGGAGGGCUUCUCAGAAACGUUUCCCAGCACUUUGACUUUAAAAGCAAGGCGACAUGGCAGACUUUCAGCCUGAAUCCGAAUCUGAUACUUCGGGGGGGAAUGAAGUUCUAUGAGUGUAAAGAAUGUGGGAAAAUCUUCAGGUACAACUCAAAGCUGAUUCGGCACCAGAUGAGUCACACCGGGGAGAAGCCCUUCAAAUGUAAGGAAUGCGGCAAAGCCUUUAAGUCCAGCUAUGACUGUAUUGUCCAUGAGAAAAACCACAUCGGAGAGGGGCCCUACGAAUGCAAGGAGUGCGGCAAAGGUUUGAGUUCCAACACGGCCUUGACACAGCAUCAGAGGAUCCACACUGGAGAGAAGCCGUACGAGUGCAAGGAGUGUGGAAAGGCCUUCCGCAGGAGCGCAGCCUAUCUCCAGCAUCAGAGAUUGCACACUGGGGAGAAACUCUAUAAAUGCAAAGAGUGUUGGAAAGCUUUCGGCUGCAGGUCACUCUUUAUCGUCCACCAGAGGAUUCACACAGGGGAGAAGCCCUACCAGUGUAAGGAGUGUGGCAAGGCCUUCACUCAGAAGAUAGCUUCCAUCCAGCAUCAGAGGGUCCACACCGGAGAGAAGCCCUAUGAAUGCAAGGUGUGUGGGAAAGCGUUCAAAUGGUAUGGCAGUUUUGUUCAGCACCAGAAAUUGCACCCUGUGGAGAAGAAGGCCGUCAAGGUUCUUGGGCCAUCCCUGAGGAGUCCCCAGUGCCCCUCUUCAGCCCUAUCUGCUGUUCCUCUCCAGGGCCCAUGCUCUGCUCCAGCCGUGGCCGUGCCUUCACUGACCUUUCCACAUGCUGUGCUCGUCCCUACCUCUGGGCCUUUGUUCAUGCUACUGCCCGCAUCCGGAAUGCCUUCCUCACCUGUCCAAAUAGUGCGUGUCUUCCAGGGCCUUCCUCCCCCUGUGAAGCCUUCCCCAGUUAUUCUGACCCCUUCCCCACACCCCUCCUGAGCUUUAUCUCGGCACCCUUGAGGCUCUUAGGCCCAGCACAUCUUCAGCCUCGCUUGUUUUGUUUGUAUUUUUUUUCUCCGCUUACAUGCAUUACAGUUGUUUCGGCAUAAACUCCAUUAUAAUCUAUAUAUAUUGAAAGACUAUGUUUGUAGAUUUUUCCUCCGGUAGAAAGUGUAACCGCUUGGCUUUUGCACUGGUCUCUCAGGCUUUCACAGUAAUGGCUGGAUCUGCACUGUGGGGGUGCUGAUGUUGGAAGUGCUGGUAGGACACUUUGUUGCAUUAGAGUAUCUGGGAGAGAGCCCCUUCCCCGCCCCCGCCCCCGACCCCGGCAAGGUCAUUGUGAUUGGAGCCAGGCAGCUCCGGGGAAGCCAGGAGGCUGCCAGGAACUUGGGGCAGGCUGGGAAGAGCGCUGGGAUCUGCUUCCAGCAGCGGACUCAGAAAUUAAUGCAGAUUGCUCAGCGGGCUAAGGUGGUCCAUUAACAGAACCGAGGUUAUGUUGCCCUCGGCGUGGGUCAUUGAGCGUCUCCUGUGUCUGUGCAAAAGGUCAUGUGAAAUAACCAGUGGAAAACAACAGUGUGUAUGCAGUAAUAGCGAUCAUUUAUGUGACUGAGAGCAAUCAUGUCUUUAAACACAAAUCGGUUUUUUUUUUUUUUUCCCUGUAGUUUUGCUCUGGAGAUCUAGAUGUUUCUUUUUAACUUUUCCUAAGUAAAUAUACACCAAGGUAUUCGUCUUCGU